CCCUGAGCUUUAGAAAAGGGCUGUCCUGUUCCACAAGUCAACCUUCUCAGAAAAGCAUUUGGAACUGGUUGAGUUUCACUAUAAGCUCAGAUCGUCUCUAUCAACAAUCAGACCUUCAAUUCGAUUUCGACUGUAGGCUAGGCUCCUACCCGCACUCUUGACACCAUGACGACUCUUCACUAUCUGCCUCCGGUGAAGCCUUCUGCUAUUGCUAUGGGCACGUUCUUCACACACACCGCGUCCUUGGGCAUACUGGCUCCUGUCUUCGGUGACACUUACCAUCGCGCCCAGGCCGCCAACACGAAAGAGGAAUUCAUCAAGUCUAAGGAGGCUGCCGGGGCUGCCGCAGCCUGGGGAAGCUCUCUAAUCGGGAGUGCCAUGCAAACUUAUGGAGUGGCUGCUCUGAUUAAUGCAACCGGGACGCUGAGUUACAAGGGCGCGGCGUAUCUGGGAAGUUUGAUUUUCAUGGCUAGCUCUGCUCCAAGUUUCAUCAGCCAAAUUUUUACCGAGAAGCGGCCUCUGGAUACAGUUGCUGUAGGUGCUGUGAGCCGAGUCUUCGAGACAGUCGGGCUUAGUUUGUUCCUGACUUGGUGGGGUACACGUACGAAUCCUUUUGAUUAAGAAUUCCUCUGCUAUGUCUGAACAUGAUAUUUGUUGGAAGGGCUAUCCAACUUUGUAGCCACGGUUCAUGGGUAUACUUAGUACAUGUUCUGGUGUCAUUCAGGGUAUUAAUGUUGUAAUGUGGAAGAUAAAACACAUGGAAUCUGUAAUUUAAAGCCACAAAGGACAAUGCGAUUGCCAUGGAAACCAUAG